AAGCAUAGUGCCAUUUAAACAUGCGGUUUGCUAUAAAUUUUGACGAGGCUCUCCAAGACUCACCAAAGUUUAGGAGGGAUCUAUAUAAAGCUGAAUUUUACUCACAAAAUUUUGAGCUCAUAUUAGAAAAACUGAUAUACCAAACUCACCUUUUCCAGGAAGCCUCAAAAUUAUAUUCUCAUUCUUUCAAAGCUCUUUUACCGAUUUUAGCUGAAUUUUCCGAAUAUUUUGCCAAAGCAAAUGACAUCGAAAUUAAGGAAUGCCUCAUGGACACACUCGAAUAUUUUACUAAAGUCAAAUUACUACAAGAAAAUUUGGCAGAUAGCGUUAACAGAUGUAUGUUCAAAUAUGGGACCUAUUUUAUUAACAGCGAGAUCAAGCCCCUCCACGAAAAUAAGAAAUGUUUUGACAAAUUGAGCGACGAUCUGGAUGUUGCCUUGAUCAAAAAUUCUCAAAUAUCUCGAUCUAAAACUAUGGAAUCGGAAGAAAGUUGCAAAAUCUUGAAAGCUCAUAGAUCCUAUUUCGGCCACACGGUUUUAGAUUACUCCUUUCACAUCAACAAAUUUGCUCAAUCAAAAAGACUUGCAAUCAUAAAUUUGGUGCUAUCUUUAAUUAAAGGCCACGAAACCUUUUUCGAGAGCGGUCAUCAACUUUUACGGAAAAAUAGCUCCAAUACAACUCCAAUCGAUUUGCAGCACUUAGAAGAAUUGGCUAAAACCGCUCAAAAACGUUUGAUCGACUCUAUUAAGCUCAUGGAAGAAAGGCAUUGCCUCGUCAAGGAAAAGGAACUUUCUCUCAACUCCUCAAAUAUCAACACCGCUAUUACCUAUAUCGGCAUAGUCUGUGGGUACCUUUUCAAGCGCACUACCGGGAAAUUUAAAUCUUGGAACCGACGCUGGUUCCUCAUCAAAGAUAACCAGCUUGUUUAUUGCAGGCGAACGGAAAAUCAUCCCCAAUCUACUGUUACCCCUAACCAUUUUUCUCAUGGCAAUUCUAAUAGUGAAAGCAAUGAUUACGAUAAAACGGGCGGAAGGAAUAACGAGAUCGAGAAUUCUAAUUGGCAUCAAUCGAGCUACAAGGUAAUGGAACCGGAUUUAAGACUUUGUUCGGUCAAGCCCGCGACCGACCUCGUGGAUAGACGUUUUUGUUUUGAAGUUAUAUCGCCUCUCAAGAGUCAUAUAUUGCAAGCCGAUUCAGAAUCCCUCUGCCAAUUUUGGAUAAGCGCUCUUCAAUCUGGAAUUAGCAGUGCCUACAACGAGCAAUACCAUGUCGAAGGUUCUGAUUCAUCGAAAAUAGGGCCUUCUGCUUCUAGCUUAGAUGCUUCUGAGAUUAAAAAUAACCAGCAAUUUUCGAACGAAUCCCUUGAAUAUUACCCCGGAAAAAAGGAUCGUUUCAACGUGGAAAACUCUGGCCUUUGGCAAGCAGAUACUUUCGAUAUCGAUGUUGGUGCCAUUUACGAUUCGCGAAAUUCGAUAUUAGAACGGGAUCGAAUUUAUACUAUACAGGAUAUAUUAAAUUUACCUGGUAACUCUAAAUGCUGUGACUGCGAUGCCUCGAAUCCAGAAUGGGCUAGUAUUAACAUUGGAAUUACCCUCUGCAUUGAAUGUUCAGGAAUUCAUAGAAGUUUAGGAGUGCACAAAUCAAAGGUUCGGUCCAUAUAUUUAGAUGUUUGGGAUCGCGAUCACCUUAAAAUUAUGGUGAAUUUGGGAAAUUUGGUUAUAAAUUCAGUAUAUUCUUAUUCAACUGCCCUUGGUGACAAAAAUUACGAAACGAAUUCGAUAAACAUAAACAAGAAUACUUCUAGGGAAGAUCGAGAAACAUUUAUCAGAUCCAAAUAUAUCCAAAAAAAAUGGAUGGAUCCUAACAACCUCAUAACAUUUCUUUCUCCUGCGUAUACACGCCUGUUGAACAAUCAUCCAGAUUCAGUAAACCAACAGCUCUCCACCAAUAGUAACAUAGAAUCAGGAACAGCUAAAAUUGAUCCCAUAAAGUCCAAAAUUGAUCUUUUUGAGAAUUUUACCAAUGGAAUUGGAGUGAAUAUUGCUGAAAUCGGGCACGCACUGAUGUUGCAAGGGUUGCUGUCUUUUGCUAACGAAAGCAAUUGUAGUAACGAAGAAACUUCCCCUUGGUUGCUUAAUGACACUAAAUUGGAUUUUAAGAGUGUAGCGAGUGCAUUAUCUCUAGGCUGCUUUCCUAAUAAAAAAUUUCUUUUCGAUGUUCGCCUUUUGCCCGCUUUUCAUACUUCACGUUUUGACUAUUUAUUUGACAAUCUAAAGGCUUUUUUGGCCAAAUUCAAUACUACCAAAUUGGGUGAAACUACAAAUUCUUUCGUUAGCGACUUCACACCUUUGCAUUUCGCCUCUUUAAUAGGUAAUGCGAGUCUUGUCGAAUACUUUCUGCUUAAUUGCAGUACCAUACAAGAUGUUAAAGAAGCUAAGUAUCAAUUCACUCCUCUUCAUUUAGCCACCAUAAAUGGGCAUACGAAUGUCGUAUGCCGACUUAUCAAGCGAGGAGCCGAUAUUGAAGCCAAAAAUAAGAACGGGCUUGACUCUUUAACGUUAGCCAUAGCCUCUCAAAAUGCUGAUAUAGUUACUUUAUUGCGUGUUGGUAAAUUAAGACUAGAAACGGAUAAUAUGACAUCAGAAGCAGGCUCUUAACCUAAUCAAAAAGUUUGGCAGAACCUUAUGAACUUAAUCAGGAGACUCUAAAGAAGGUGUCUAACGUCAAAGCAUAGAAAUUCCUAUUAUAAAAUCUAAUUUCAUAUGUUUCAUGGGAGCGGCCGGAAUAAUCUGGAUCUUUUUCUUCUCUUAAUUAUUUAGAAAUUUAUUAUUUUUUUCUUAUUCUUUCUCAAAUUAAGAAAUAUAUGUACCUCUUUUCCCCCUCUUUUAUAUUCGCGAUUAUGAUAUAUAAAAUAGAUACAUUUAUUAUAUUAAACAAUUAUAUUAUCUUUUUUCGACCAAACAAUUAUAAUAUAAAAUAUAUUUUAUGUGUAAUAUAUAUUAGAUUGUAUCAUUUUUAAAAAUUCGAAUAUUAAUUGAUACCGAUAUUGAACUUCUUAUAUUACUUAAUGCUAUUUUUUUAAAUUGAUCAGAAAUAACAAUAAGAAAUAUUGAAAA